AUGACCAAGGUCGCUCUUAUCACCGGCGGCACCAGUGGAAUCGGGCUUGCAGUUGCCAAGGACCUGAUACAGACCGGUGGCUGGCAGGUGAACGUUAUCGGCACCAACCGAGAGCGAGGCCAAGAAGCAACAGCGUUCCUCCCCAAUGCCACAUUCUACCAAGCGGACGUACGAAAUUACCAACAACUAGCCACUAUAUUUGACCAGAUCUUCAAUUCCACUGGCCGAUUAGACUUUGUCUUCGCGAACGCCGGAAGAGCAGACUACACCGAUUUCUUUGCUAAGUCUGAGACCGGCAUCCCCCCGAACCGAGUUCCGAACUUUACUAAACAUGCGCUUAUUGGAUUUACUCGCUCUGUUGGCGAGCGACUUUGGGAAGAGGGAAUCCGGGUUAAUGCUCUUUGCCCUGGGGUGGUGGAAACGCCCCUUGUUGCCGACGAGGCGUUUUACGCGAUUUUCCCGCGAGAAAUAUAUAUUCCUAUGGACGUUGUGACUGGUGUAGUAUCACAGCUACUGUCUGGAUCGGAUAUGGUAGAUGCCAAGGGGAUGCGUGUCGCUGGCGAUGAGAUGCAUUCCCGGGCUGUUCACGUUUCAGGAAAAAGCUUCUUUUUCAUUGAAAAGCCCGAGAUUCAUGACGAGCAGUCUCGAAUAACCUGGGCUGCAAUGAUGGGACAUAAAUAA